GAGAAAAAAAAAAUGCAACCUCCCAAAAUAAAGAGCAAAGAUUGCAUUAGGAGCGAACAGCGCUGCAGAAAUAGAUGGCAGCUUCGUGUCAGUGAGUUUGCAUCCCCCUUCCUGAUCCACGAGCUGGAGUGAUUAGAGCCCUGGAAGGGAAUUGUUACUCCCGUGGAGAAGUCCCCUUUUCCUGGCAGCGGUCUGCACUUGUACACGCUGGAUGCCUCUCUCCAUCCACCCCACUCACUCUCUCCUCUCUCACCUCCUCUCUUCCUCUCUCCUGCAUUGAUUUUUUUUUCCUUUUUAGUUGACUGAAACAAAACAAAACAAAAGGGCCACUGGAUGUCUGCCUUCUUGGGGGGUGAGCCAGACAGACUGACAAACAAACAGACCCAACUGUGUUCGGGGGAGGGUUUCUCCUCCCGUUUUGCCCGGCAGCAGCAGCAUGGACGUGUUGGCUAGUUAUAGUAUAUUCCAGGAGCUACAACUUGUCCACGACACCGGCUACUUCUCAGCUUUGCCAUCCCUGGAGGAGACCUGGCAGCAGACAUGCCUUGAAUUGGAACGCUACCUACAGACGGAGCCCAGGAGGAUCUCGGAGACCUUCGGUGAGGACUUGGACUGUUUCCUCCAUGCUUCUCCUCCCCCGUGCAUUGAGGAGAGCUUCCGGCGCUUGGACCCACUGCUGCUCCCCGUGGAAGCCACCAUCUGCGAGAAGAGCUCGGCCGUGGACAUUCUGCUCUCUCGGGACAAGUUGCUCUCUGAGACCUGCCUCAGCCUCCAGCCAACCAGCUCUUCUCUCGACAGCUACACGGCCGUCAACCAGGCCCAGCUCAACGCAGUGACCUCAUUAACGCCCCCCUCGUCCCCUGAGCUCAGCCGCCAUCUGGUCAAAACCUCACAGACUCUCUCAGCCGUGGAUGGCACGGUGACGUUGAAACUGGUGGCCAAGAAGGCUGCGCUCGGCUCAGUAAAGGUGGGAGGGGUGGCGACGGCGGCGGCGGCCGUGGCGGCAGCGGGGACAGUUAAGAGCGGACAGAGCGACAGCGAGCAAGGAGGGGUGGGGGCCGAGGCGUGCCCCGAAAACAAGAAGAGGGUUCACCGCUGUCAGUUUAACGGGUGCCGGAAAGUUUAUACAAAAAGCUCCCACCUAAAGGCCCACCAGAGGACUCACACAGGUAGUGAGAAGCCUUAUAAGUGCUCAUGGGAAGGGUGUGAAUGGCGUUUUGCACGAAGCGAUGAGCUCACGAGGCACUACAGGAAACACACAGGUGCAAAGCCCUUUAAAUGCAACCACUGCGACAGGUGUUUUUCCAGGUCUGACCAUCUUGCCCUCCAUAUGAAGAGACAUAUCUAAAAACCCUAAAGGCCAGAGUUGCCAUGGCGUCGGCCGUUGUCUAAAGGAAAUGCCGUGAGGCAGGGGGCUGGACUUCAGGCGGGGAGCCAUUGCCUCGCAGAAGAAAGUUCUCACGUAUAAACCUCUGUGUACACACGCACACACGCACACACACACACACACACAGACACGCACUCACAUAGACCCACACACACGCACUGUCAUGCACUCAGCUAUAUUUAAAAUAUAUACGUCUAUUCUUUAUGCCUUGCCCUUGCCAGAUGGUGGAAGACGAAGAAGAAGGAAACCAGGUGAACUCAGCAAGGCAGACUGGCUGCUUACUUCAGCACUAUUGGAAUUAUUUCCCGCUGUUGCCAAUGGAAAUCAAAGAAAAUGGAUGUGACGUCUCUGCAGGUGGACGGCAGUAAGAGGGGCUUAUUUAACUUGCUUCUCAGUGCAACUUGAUAGGAGAAUACAACGUCUUAAAGUUGCAUAUGUGUAGCACUGAUGUUUCUUUUUAAAUAGUUGGGGGAAAAUGACCUAGAAAACCAAAUUGCAGUUUGGUAGCCAAAAUUAACUCUUGGUUUAUUUGUCCUUUGUGUGUGAAAAGUCCUACUAUUCCGUGCGUCCGACUUCCUCACAGAACUGUUGAUCGGUUUUGGUUCUUCUUAGUACUAUUGAGAUCUUUCGAGUCAAUACCAACGGCCUUAGCGGCGGCAGACUCUGGAAUAACACCUUACACCUUUCUGGCCUGCAUUUCUCUAGACUUCACUCUCAAGGGAGGAGUUUUCUUUUCUUACUUUUUGACUCUUGCACACCAUAUGCACUAGGGAUUCUGGAAACUUCUAGCAUGACUGCAAAGUGGCCAAGAGAAUAAAGUCCUUGAUGAUAAAUCACAGUAUAUCCCUUGAGCCUCACCUUAUUGCCAGUGCUAGAUUUUUUCUUUUUAAUCUCUCUGUUUUUGCUAACGAAAACUUGAAAAAGCUUAUUUGGAAGCUUAAAUGUUUUAUCUUUUCUCCAUGGACUAAACCUCUCCAGGACUCUCUCGGCACCUGGAUGUCCAGCUCUCGAAGCAGCCAAUCAGAUGGGACAUCACAGUUCUCUCAUCCCCCUUGAGGCAUCAUGACCUCAGCUCAUAGUGACCAACCCCGUGCUGUGUGUCAUUGCCACCUUAGAACCACUUUCAGCAUAGAUGUCGCUAGUCUCAAAGGGCAGCUGCAUAUUUAACCUAACUCUGGGUUCUGACCUGACAAAAAGCCAAAAAUAUCACUCUUUCCAGGAGUGGGGAGAACUGAGGAUGCCUCCCGAGUCUAGUGGCUUCAGAAAACAUCAUCCUAUCUUCCUCUCUCAUACCCACUGAGCUCAUAUUCCCCCACUUGUUAAAACACACAAUUCGAAAUGCCAUUGUGGGAACGAAGGGUGGACAUUUAAGGGAAGGGUCGAGAAGUUUCUCUCAUGGUCUGUCUGAAAGGAGAGACAUAUUUCUAAUUCUUUUUGGCUAGACCCCCCAUGACUCGUGACCUAGAGCACCCAGGAUCAACAGAGGCCUCACACGUACUCUGCAAGCUGACUCCAAGGGGGCAUACAUUCCUCAUUUUCAGCCCACACACAUCCAAUAUCGGUCUCUAUCUACCCGCAUUCUUAGCUAGCUGGCCCUGGCCUCAACUCCAAAGACUGCCUUUAGGACCAUUAAAUGGCCUAUGCAAGCAAGCGGGGUGGUUAUUAGGACAGAUUGUAUAUUUUGUAUAUUCUGGGACCAUCCCUUCAAGACACGUCUAAAAAAAAACAAAAAUGGCGUUUGGUCCGCACAUGGUUGCUGCUCCCUCAUACCAGCUGGCUCCCCUUCUGCCCUCCUUUGACUGUUUGACUCAUUGACUGUUAAAAUGCCGCCCCAUAUCUAUUUGGGAUGCAACACUGAAGUCUUUAAAAGGAAAUAAUAAUCUAAGCAACACAAAUACAUUUCUGACAGCAACCUUCAAGAUCCUUGGCAUUUGGUUUCUCAGCUUUCUGCAACCUUUGAUUUCACUGAAAUGUUGAAACUAUUCGUCUAAGGGUAAAGGAGCCUCCUUAUCACAAAUGCUAUAACUGCCAGUUGGACACUUGGGCAUUCUGAGGUCUGGCCCUUAAAGUUUUCUUUCUCUUUUUCGUUUUUUUUCGAUGUAGACCAAAAACAAAACAACAGCAACAACAGCAACAACAACAAAAAACCAACAACAACAACAACAACAACAACAAAGAAAAGAAAAAGAAAAACCACCCUAAAACACACACACACACACACACA